GUUAGUUAGUAGUUAGGUUAUUUUUAGAAUACGAAUUUUCACCCUCAAAAAUUAGUAUUUUCCUUGACGAUUUUUAUUUAAGAAGAUUGAUUCAUCUGCAAGAUUAUAGACAGUGAAAAUAUUAUAGCUAUGUCCUCUUGAAAGUGUAAUUUUAUUAAAACCUGCGGUGUGGGACUAUUCUUUCAUAGAGCCUCGUCGCCAUGACGGAACAGCCAGUGCUUGUCCAGGCAAUAUAUUCCUUCAAAGGCAAGAACAACGACGAGUUAUGCUUCAAGAAGGGAGACAUCAUCACAGUUACCCAGAAGGAGGAGGGGGGGUGGUGGGAAGGGACUUUUGGAGAAAAGACAGGAUGGUUCCCGUCCAACUACGUCAAGGAGUACCGCACUCAAAACAGUCUGAGCCCAGUAGCGCCAGUAGCACUGGACCUGGCAGCACAACAGAAGGUCUACCGCAGUGUUGUACUGAAGGAUCUCAUAGACUCUGAGAGAGCACAUGUCACAGAACUGCAGGGCCUCCUCAACAACUUCCUACGACCUCUAGAGACUUCUGACAUAAUGAAGCCAGGAGAGUACCAGCAGCUGUUGGGCAACUUGCCAGAGGUGGUGGAGGUACAUGAGAGGUUGCUGGCCAGCCUGGAGGAGAUGGCGGGCCGGGCAGCAGUGGAACAGAGGGUAGGCAACUUGUUCCUCACCUCCGCGCCGAAACUGAAGCAAAUCCACAUGACCUAUUGCGCCGGACAUCCUCGUGCCGUCUGCAUCCUGGACAGAUACAAGCAGGAGCUAGGAGCACUAAUGGAGGCUAAUGGUGCUGCCAGUCCUGGACUGCUGGUGCUGACUACAGGCCUCAGCAAGCCGUUCCGUCGGCUGGACAAGUACGCAGGCAUGUUGACUGAACUGGAACGUCACGUGGAGGAGGCACAUGUAGACCGAGGCGACACUCAGCGCUCAGUCUGCGUCUACAAGGACAUCGCUUCAGCGUGCUGUGUGAUGAGGCGGCAGAAGGAGAUGGAGCUAGAGGUAGUCAGUGGAGGGGUGAGAGGAUGGGAGGGUGAGGACCUGGCCACCCUAGGAGACAUACUACACAUGGGCUCAGUAGCUGUAGGGCCAGACCACAGAGACAGGUACCUGGUACUGUUCCCCACCACCCUGCUCAUGCUCAGCGUCAGUCAACGGAUGAGCGCCUUCAUAUACGAGGGAAAACUUCCUUUGACAGGAAUCAGUAUUAAUAAACUAGAAGAUACAGAAAACUACAAAAAUGCAUUUGAAAUUGCAGGUCCCAUGAUAGAGAGGAUAGUAGCUGUGUGUCAGGCGAAGGAGGACCAGCAGACUUGGGUGGAGCUGAUCCGUCAACAGAUCCGCAACAUCAGAGUGUCAUCACCAGCACCCUCCCUGCGACCCCAGCCUCCUCCGCACACCUCAAUGAUCAGCGGGAGUAGCCCCAGCCGUCCUUGGAGUGUUUCCUCAUUGCGCCCCUCACCCCCUAUGCGUUUUAGAGAUGAGAAGUCUAGCCGCAAGAAAACUAGUGAAAGAGGGUUUGCUGAAGACGCUCAGAUUCUGAACGUGAUUGAAGCUUAUUGCACAUCCGCCAAGACGAGAUACACUGUCAACUCAGUCGAUCUGAGCCUCAGCCUCGGACGAGAAGUUCUCCCCCCUCCUGCUUGCAACCGUCGCCAUCCCCGACACGCUUCCACCUGGUGCUGUGGACAUCCAUUGCUGCAAACACUCUCUAAAGCACACUUUGACUAGGAUACUUUCUUGGGCUAAUCAGUUGAGGCACUUUGAAGCAGUUAAACAAGUUGACAGAGCCACUCAUUUUUUUUAAAUCUAUAGCAUUCAAUUUUUUUACAAAAAAAAUCUUGAUUGUCAACAAAAAUUGCACAUAAACGAAUGCUUGAUUAAAUUUCUGAAUAAUAUCCUUAGCUGAUAAUAAUUCCUUCAUGAUUUAUUUUAAUAAAGUAUUAAAAUACUCUCCUUAACUUCCUAGAGCUCUGAAAGAACCUCAACUGUAUUACUUAAGUACCUUAUUAUGAUCUGCUUUUCUUUUCCUUCUUCGUGUCUGUUUUACUUAUUGUAUUGUUCUAGUCUUACCCUUGCAAUACUGUUGUUUAUAUUUGUAUCUGUGUCUUUUUUACUUAAAUGUAUUUUCAUUUUCUCAUUUUGUAAAAUAAUUUGUAAAUAUGUUAGGAUAUAUUUUUUUAAAGAAUUUCAGGGAUAAUGUCUAGUUUUAGCAAGUGUUGGUAAGGUGAAAGUUUUUGAUAAGGAUGGAGGGUAAAAUGUUGUGCUAGUAUAUGAAAUAAGUUUCUACCCAACCAUGUGAGCAGUAGUGAGCUAGUAGUAAGGUUUGGCUUAAUACAUGUUUUGAACAUUUUAAAAUAAAAAUAUGUAAAGAUAACUCCCAUGCGCCUCUAUGAGCAAUAUUCUAGUCCUUUAGGAUAGUGGGAGAUCAGUUUCCAGUGAAUCUGUUGAUUACUUGUUGCAAGUUUAUACUUGGUGACAAUGCUAUUACGGUAAUAUCUAGACUACUACAUGGUCGUGUGGAGAUCAUCACCAUCUCCUGCAAUCCCAGCCAAAAUCUUGUACAUCCCCCACUAUUACAGAAUCAUCAUCAUCGUUUUCCACGCAACCAAUAAGCAAUUAAUUUAGUCAUUUACGUGCUCCUCAGAUAAUACAUUAUUUUUAUCAACGAAUUAGAGGAGUUAUAAUGUACAAAGAAUAUUUUAAAUCCCUAAUUGAUAAUAACUAUUCUCAAAGAUUACAGAGACCGUACAUUAGUAGAGAUUUAACACUUAGGAGAGGUAAAUAUUUUGUAAAAUCUUGUCAGUCUAUUAAUAUUUCUUUCAAGUUAUGCAGCACAAUCAUGAUAAGAUGUUUUUAAACAAUUGAUAUUCUAGUGAGCUAUGAUUUAAGUAUGUCGUAUGGUAGUCAAAUGGUAGUUUAAUUAUUUCGGUAUCUUGCACACAUUAUAUUUUUACACACAAAUAAUUCACAAUACGAUCCUCUUUCUGCAAAAGGUUGAGUAGGCAAUGAUAAGUAGUGAAUGUGUCAAAACCGAAUCUCAAAAUCUGCAAAACUAAAUGCAAAUACAAGUUUUGGUUUUGAGAUUUAAACUAAGUAUUGAUCUCAUGUUCAUUUUAUUAUUUCAGUGCCAGGAGUUAUUAUGUAAUUAUUAUUACAUUAGAUGUCUACAUUUUUCUUACUCAUGACUUACUUACGACACAUGUAUAACACUAUUUAGUGUAACAGCAAGGUAAUACGAUUCUAAAUCCGAUGGCUAUUCAAAAUGUAAGGAACGUUUCUGUCUGACGCUGAUUAAUGUGACUUGUCGCACACUUUCUAAUAGACGUAUUUGCCUCUCCUUUGACUGUCCAGCCGUCAUAACAGAAAUUUCAUGCUGAGACUUGCAAUAUUAAAGCUUUAAAAUUGUGAUGCAAUGAAAAAUUCCGCUAGUUGUGAAGUGAGGUCUGUUAUACAGUCUUUGUUGGCUGUAUACAUAAUUAACGUAUUCAAAUUUCUCAUUGAGUGGGUGAAGUGUACGGUUUUCCCGUACUAAAUUGAAAUUCUGUCCUGAAAUGGUGUAUUCAGCUUUGAAAAUGGCUGAACUAAGGUUAACAUCCAAAUUUGUUCUUUGCAUAGCAAUAUCUGACCUCACACAAGAUAUCCUUUAGUCAUUCAAAUAAGAGAUUCUUCCUAAACCACCCUACAGUCCAGAUCUUGCCCUGAGUCACUUUCACUCGUUUCCAAAAACUAAUUCUUGGUUAGCAGUACAGUGCUUUGAUGAGGAUGAGGAGCCUAAUACUGCGUGUCACAGAGUUCUACGACAAGAGAAUUUUAAGCUCCUCUAUCCCUGUGAUAAAUUCCACAUUUGUUUAGCGACUAUGUAGAAAAGUAAUAUUUUAGUUGCUCUUUAAAAUGUACAGUAUACAAUUCGAUUUCUUCCUUGGAGAAACUUUUCAUUUUACUCUAAAAAGUUCCUUACUUACGGAAUAGCUCUGUUAUGAUCCCUAGUAUUGUUUUUUUUUUCAAGACCUAGUGACUGGAGUAGAGUAGGGUUCACAUUGAAGCUAUAGCUUGUAAAUAAGACUUCCAAAUAGUAAUGUCAUAUUAAUUAUUCUUGUAAAUAUUAUUUUCUGAUUAGUUAAAAUGUUUGUAAAAAUGUUCAAAUGGUUAAUUAAAAAAAUAAUUUUGGUUUAUCACGUGCUUUUUUAUUCUUUUAUUUUUAUUCACUGCUUUAAUCUGAGCAAACAAACAAGCACUGAUUUCUUGUUUUUACUAUGUAUAUAAAUAUGGGACCCUAAUCUAGUUUUACUGUCUUAACAAAUUUAUUUUUAUCAUAUGAUUGUCAUAUGUAUGUCUUUUAGAUGUAUGUUUUCUGGCAUAAUAUUUAAGAAAUAAAAGUAUUAUAUGUUGAGUAAACAGAAUUUUGCAAAGCAGUGUGAGC